AUGAGAUUGUGGAACUUUCUAUCAGUAUUGUUCUUAUCAACACUAAUAGCCGCCGAGACUCAUGAAUGGUGGUUCAAAACAGGUUGGGUUGAUGGACUCAAUCCCGAUGGUGUUUACAAUAGAAGUAUGAUUGGGUUCAAUGGAAGCUGGCCAUUACCUACAUUGAGAGUUAAAAAAUACGAUCGUGUUGUCUUACACUUGAUCAAUGGGUUUGAUACUGCCAAUACUACUUUACAUUUCCAUGGUAUGUUUCAAGCUGGUUCAACACAAAUGGAUGGUCCGCCAUUUGUUACCCAAUGCCCCAUUCCUCACGGUGAAGUUUACACUUAUAACUUCAGUGUUGAUGGUCAAGUUGGAUCUUAUUGGUACCAUUCACAUACUUCAGGUCAAUAUGGGGAUGGUAUGAGAGGUGUAUUCAUUAUUGAAGAACCAAGUAAGGAUGAUUAUCCAUAUGAUUACGACGAAGAAGUUGUCUUGACAUUGAAUGAACAUUACCACAAGACUUCUGAUGAAUUGAUGCCUGAUUUCUUGAGUAGGUUCAACCCAACGGGUGCUGAACCCAUCAUUGACAAUAUCUUGUUUAAUGAAACCCGGAAUGCCACUUGGAAAGUUGAACCAAACAAGACGUAUUUGUUGAGAAUUAUCAAUACGGGUAGAUUCAUAUCGCAGUACGUUUGGAUUGAAGACCACAACAUGACUGUUGUUGAGGUUGAUGGUGUAUACACCGAACCAAAGGAGGCUAGUAUGCUCUAUGUCACUAUUGCUCAGAGAUACACUGUACUAAUCACCACUAAAAACUCCACUGACAAAAACUAUGCCUUCAUGAACAAAGCUGACGACACAAUGUUAGAUACUAUUCCUGGUGAUUUACAAUUGAAUGGAACAAACUACAUGAUGUACAAUGAUGGUGACAAACCGGGACAAAAUUAUGUUGACUCCAUUGAUGACUUUUUGGAUGAUUUUUACUUGGUUCCCUUGGAUAAGCAAGAGAUUUUAGAUGAUGCUGAUUAUACAGUCACUGUCCAAGUGCAAAUGGACAAUUUGGGUAAUGGUAUCAACUAUGCCUUUUUCAACAAUAUCUCCUAUACAGCUCCAAAAGUACCCACCAUUCUUUCAGUGUUAUCUGCUGGUGAGCAUGCAACAAAUGAAUUGGUGUAUGGAUCAAAUACAAAUACAUUUGUUUUGGAAGAAGAUGAAGUUGUCGAUAUUGUGCUUAACAACUUGGAUACUGGUACCCAUCCUUUCCAUUUACAUGGACAUGUUUUCCAAGUUUUGGAAAGAGGAGAAGCUAGGGAUGACGAUGAAGAUCCAAUUGCCUUCAAUGCUAGCGAUCAUGCCGAAUGGCCCAAAUACCCAAUGAAGAGAGAUACAUUGUACGUGCGUCCGCAAUCGUACUUUGUCAUUCGUUUCAAAGCUGACAACCCCGGUGUUUGGUUCUUCCAUUGUCACAUUGAAUGGCACUUGGAUCAAGGUUUGGCGGUGGUGUUUGUCGAAAACCCCAACGCUAUUAGAAACAAUGAAACUCAACAAAUCACCGACAACCAUAAGCAAAUCUGUGAAAAAGUAGGUGUGCCAUGGGAGGGUAAUGCUGCUGGUAAUAAAGAGAACGUAUUGGACUUGAAAGGCGAGAAUCUUCAACACAAGAGAUUGCCCACUGGAUUCACCGCUAGAGGUAUUGUUGCUUUGGUGUUUUCGUGUGUUGCAGGUGUUUUGGGUUUGGCUGCUAUUGCCUUUUACGGUAUGCAAGAUAUCAAUAAUGUCGAAGAAAGAGUUGCCAGAGACUUGGAUGUUGAUUUGGAUGAAGCAGAUGAAAGUGGUAGUCAUGAUACUGUUGAUGAAAUCGUUGCUGAGGGAAACAGUUCCACUCAUGAACGUUCUUCAACAGCCAAAUACAGCAAUUAA